UUUCCUACUCUACCGUGGGGUCUUCGUAGCUUGCCUAUAUUAAUAAUAAGUGUUCAACAGGACUACCCUGCCGACUCAUUUACUGGCGAGUGGCCUAUCUUAUAAGUAGGCUGGUAGGGCUACGAAUCAGGGUAUUCCGUAGUUACAUAGGAGAAAUAUCGACCCCGGACGGAGCAAUUUAGGGGACGAGAUCUAGAGGCAGCAACCCACCCAAGACCUUGGCAGAUUUGGCAGAGGUCAUUUCGAAAAGCAUAUCCGCCUGGUAUUGGUCUGGCGAGUUUCUCGGCAUGGACCGAAAGAAUGGAGCGAGUCGUUUUUGCUUCAGAAGUCGAGAAGCAUCUUCUCCCCACGAUUUCUUCCUGUCGAUCUUUUCUCUCUUUAAUUCCCUUUACGAUCAUCUUCCCGCCCUCGUUUAUCAAUACGUUUCUCUUUUUCUCUAUCCGAGCUCUUAAUUAACUAUUAAUAACCGGCAGCUGCUUUGCUGGCGCUGCUUCGAGUUCCGCUAUUCUUAAAAGCGCGCUUAUACUGCGAAGGCCCUGCUGCUCAGAGGGGGCUUACCCGGUAUUCGCGAUGGGGACCCAACGACGAAUUGUCCAGCCAGUAAGCAGUCGGCAGUGGCAGAUUGCCAAAAUUGUGCUGCAGUCUACUUCGCUCGUAUUUUGCGUUGUAGUGAUUGGGAUCAGUGUUGGAAAGACGUGGGAAGGCGAUUACGGCGUGGGAAUACUGACGGUACCUGUCACCGCUGCGACGGCGGCCUGGACGAUCGCCGAGUUGGUGACUCUUUUUAUCCGGCAGCGGAGGGGCUCGCCAGGUCGUGGAAUUCACCCCGGCGCCCACGUCGGCGUGCAGCUUAUCAUAUUCCUAGCGAUGAUCUACGUGCUGUUCUAUUCGUGUGUGCUGUGGAGGAGUGUCCAGAACAGCAUUAUACGGUGCAACGAAUGGGAACGUGAUCCUAACGAUCCGGACUGGGUCAUCGAAAAUAGGUACUCUGAAAUCGGCUGGCGUGCCAAUUCUGUCUACAUAACGUCGUUUUACUGCCCGGAGAGGAACCGCAUUCUCGUGAAUGACAAGUCGUUCCAGUCAGCCGUACAGGCUCUUAUCGCGUUCUGUGUUCUAUUAUGGGCUAUACACUUCAGUCUUUUCGUUCGGGCAUGCGUCGAAACGCAACGACGAAAUAGGAUCCGUCCUGCUGCAGUGGUAUACCCGCAGCCGGUAUGGCCGCCAAUGCAGUACGGUGUUAACUACCCCCCUGACAGCUACCCCCAAAGAGGACCGGGGCCGGCGCCGAUGAAGUCUUCAUAUUAUAGAUAAAGUCGCUUAUAUAAUUGGAUGCUUUAAGCAUUAAAUUAUCUUCUUAUUGAGACCAUAGUAAUGCGGAAUGAUAAGGAUGUUACUAAAGUCUAAGUUUAAAACGGAG